AUGCGUUUGUCUUUGAUUCCGCAGUGCUCCUCCUGGACGCUGCUCUUGCUGCUGGUAUCCAGCCUGCUCCUGGAAGGGAACAUGGCCUCUGCUAGGAAAAGUAGACUAUUCAAUGUCCUUAACAACAAAUCCUUUGGAGACAUGUUGGAGGAGGCAAUCAAGUCAUCUCAGAAAAUGAAUGGCCUAAUUUUUUACCUGUGCAAUCAUUUGGAUACAUAUUAUGUCAAAAACCACGGAUUUAACCAGAGGACCACCAGAUGCCACACUUCUUCCCUGUCUAGUCCACAAACCAAAGAGCAAGCCCAAAAGAUCCAAUCGGAUGUCCUACUGAAGUUUGCAUACAGUCUAUUGAAAGCCUGGGUCAAUCCUCUGAACCAUCUGUGGGGUGAAAUGCAUAUCAGGCUGGGAUCCACUCCUCCUACCCUCACAAGAGCCUUGGAGCUUAAAACUGAAAACAAAAAUAUCCUAGAGACCAUGAAGAAGAUCGCCCUCAAGGGUAACUUUAUAAUUGGAGAAAAUGAGAACUCCCCUACCUGGAAUGACUUGGGAUACUUGCAAUCGGCCGACAGAAACACUAAAUAUUUUGCAUUUUAUAACAUGUUUCACUGCCUGAGAAGAGACUCACAUAAUGUGGAAAUGUAUCUGAAGCUCCUGAAGUGCCGACUGACCCAUAGCAACUGCUAA